AUGCUCAAGGAGAAAGAAGACUCAAGUUGCACUCAAGUUAUAGUUGGUCAAAAUAGAGAGGAAAACACUCAAGAACAGCCAGAAUCCAUACCUGCCCAACCCAAGGGAGUAGAAAAUGUUGAAAGAGCAAUUCCUCUACCAUUUCCUCAUAUAGUCAUCCAGCCAAGUAAGAAAAUUGAAGAGGCUGAGAAAGUGAUUAUAGAGACCUUCAGGAAGGUAGAGGUGAACAUACCUUUACUAGAUGUAAUCAAGCAAAUACCUAAGUAUGCCAAGUUCUUGAAGGAUUUAUGUACUCACAGGAGGCGUCUUAAGGUUAAUGAAAAAGUAAACAUGGGUAGGAAUGUUUCUGCACUUUUUGAGAAACAACGAUCCACAAUGCCUGAAAAAUGUAAGGACCCAGGAACAUUCACCAUCCCAUGCAUCAUUGGUAAUAAUAGGAUUGAGAAUGCCAUGUUAGAUUUAAGAGCAUCCAUAAAUGUCAUGCCAUUUUCCAUUUUUACUGUACUAUCUCUUGACCCUCUGCAGCCUAUAAGUGUGGUUAUCCACUUAGCUAAUAGGAGCAUAACAAAUCCAGCUGGGGUUGUUGAAGAUGUGCUAGUUAGAGUAAAUGAUCUUAUCUUCCUAGCUGAAUUCUACAUCCUGGAUAUGCAAGAGGGAGAGUCAAUGAAGAGUGCUGCACCUAUUAUCCUAGGAAGACAGUUCUUGAAGACCACAAGAACAAAAAUUGAUGUGCACGCCAGGACACUUACUAUGGAGUUUGGAGAUAGCAUUGUGAGCUUCAACAUUUUGGACGCCAUGAAACACCCAUUUGAAGAACAUUCUGUCUUCCAGAUUGAUUUGUUUGAUGAUUUGAUAGAUGAACAAUUUUUUGAACUUUUAGAAGAAGAUUUUUCUCUUACUUUUUCUAAACUUAUAGACACUUCCAUUUGUGAAUAUUGUAAUAAUUCCUCUAUGUGUGACACUUGUAUUUCUGACUUUUGA